UACCGCGUCAUGUGGCUUAGGCAACCACAUGCGGGCUAUUGCGAAGCCCUCGAGCUCCUGAGACCUAACCUGGAGGUCGGUAUCCAGGGCAACAACGUCAAUCGCGACCUUCAACACUUCGUCGCCGCCCCGGCUCGGCUCCCAAAGACCACGUCAAUCGCGACCACUUUUUCCAAGACCUCGUCGCCCCGGCCCGGCUCCCAUCCUUCCAACUGUCAAUCGCGACCACUUUCCAAGACCUCGUCGCCCCGGCCCGGCUCCCAUCCUUCCGACCGUUCCAACCUCCGACCGAUCAAUCGCUCCAAUCAACCGCCCCGACCAGUCGCCCCGAUCAAAGAACCCGACCGGCCAGUUGCCCCGAUCAAGGAACCCGACAGGUGGAUUGAAUGGUUGAAUGGUUGGAUGGUUGAGGUGCAAGAUACAAUGGACUUGCAAGCUGAGGACAGCUUUUCUGUUUGUUCGUAGGGGGGGCAAUUGUUACACGCAGUUGUGGGUCACCUGUGGCCACCUGUAGCCAACUGCGCAAGUGUGGGCCCACUGGGCCCACUAGGCCCCACAACAGCACUGGGCCCCGCAACAGUGCACAGGCCACCUUACGCACAGGCCACCACACUCCUGUAUUUAGGUAGGCACUUGCCCGCAUUCUACACUCUUGCAAUACAUCCAUCUUGCACUCCUCCGAAG